AAAGGUGGCUGCCCGACUUCAAGAUGCGUAUCGAGAAGUGUUAUUUCUGUUCCGGGCCGGUGUACCCGGGACACGGCAUGAUGUUUGUCCGCAAUGACUGUAAGGUUUUCAGAUUUUGCAAGUCUAAAUGCCAUAAAAACUUUAAAAAGAAGCGCAAUCCUCGGAAGGUCAGAUGGACUAAAGCCUUUAGAAAGGCAGCUGGUAAAGAACUUACAGUGGAUAAUUCAUUUGAAUUUGAAAAACGUAGAAAUGAACCUGUUAAAUAUCAGAGAGAACUAUGGAAUAAAACAGUUGAUGCCAUGAAGAGAGUAGAAGAGAUCAAACAAAAACGUCAAGCUAAAUUUAUAAUGAACAGGUUAAAGAAGAGCAAAGAACUACAGAAAGUUCAGGCCAUCAACGAAGUCAAACAAAACAUCCACCUUAUUCGGGCACCUCUUGCAGGUAAAGGAAAACAAUUGGAAGAAAAAAUGGUGCUCAAAUUGCAACAGGAUGUGGACAUGGAAGAUGAUUCUUAGACAUUUCACAAUGUUCUGAAACCUUCACUUUGUAUUUCUCCAGAAAGUAUCUUGCAGAGCCUUGAAACUCUUGUGCAUUAUUGAGUUAUUUUUCAUAUUAGUUCAGUAAAAUGAGAGGUGGUUAAAAAAAAUCUCUUUUCAUGUUGUAAUCUGUAAAAUAUCAGAUUAUGAGGAUGUUAAGAGUAUAUUUCAAGGUUAAAGCUACAUUGAAUUUGCCAUUCUUUUGUAAGUUAUGAAAGUACUAUUUGUAAUUAUAGAAGCAAAUAGAAACAAAAUGGCCAUAUCAUUUGGAUAAUGACUUUCAACAUUUACUAAAUUCUAUAAUUAUAUUGUGCUUUAAGGUUAUUGAUGUAUAAAAUAAAACAUUUCUUUUUAAUAUCCUCCCUUUAUUGUAAUGGGAGUAGAAUACAACUGUAAUGCCUGUUGAAUUAACAUUUUGUACAGUAAUUGGUUAUAAAUUAUCUUCUCUACUUAC